GCGCCGGCAUCUUGGCCAUGGCCAACGCGGGGCCGGACACCAACGGCAGCCAGUUCUUCCUGACGUUGGGCCCGGCGCAGUGGUUGGACGGGAAGCACAGCAUCUUCGGGAGGGUCUCCCAGGGCAUGGGGGUGCUGGGUCGCCUGGCCAUGGUGGAGACCAACGCCCAGGACCGACCCCUCGAUGACGUCAAGGUCAUCAAGGCUUUUCCUUCGGGGUAG